AUGCAAUUUAAGCCUCUCCUUUUCUUGGCCGCCGCAUUUUCCUUUACCCAGGCGCAGGCAGCCCUGACGGCCAAAGACGUGAUCGACGCCAUACACAACAUCACAGACAUCUCUGCGGGUACUUGGGAUACUGUUAGAAACACAAGCUCUACCAAUGUCGUUGUUUCCGCUGCAAAAAUAACAGACGACCUUCGCAAAAUCGUCACGAUUAUUGCCAACGAUGUUCAAGCGCUCCAAGGCGCUGCUACUCUUCCUAAAUUCCCUGACCACGAUCAAGCGGAUAUCUGCGACGCUCUCAGCGGCUUCGCUAAAAUCCACCAAGACCUCUUCAAGGCACUCGCCAGCAAGAAGAUCGAUUUAGACGCCACGACCUUCUUACAGCCCAUCGAAACCCUCUUGAUCUUACUAAGAGCUGAACUCGACGGCCUCGAAGAGGGAGUCAUUGCGCUGGUCCCGACAUGUGGAGCCAAAGCGAGAGACGAGUUGAAAGACCUUGACAAGACACUCGGCGAAACGAUCAGCACCUUUACCGUCCGCGCGCCGGAUGUUCCUAGCGUUCAACCACCUGUUGCUACUAACCACCCGAUUCCCGCUCCAUUGCCUGUUCCGUUGCCUAGUGUGAUUGGCUUCAAGCCCACCGAGAUCUCUGCCACGGGCCCGAUUGGAACACCUGUUGCAGCUCCCGUUCGAGGCCAAUAA